GAAAGUCAGAUCGCCUAGAAAGAAAGAAGGAAGGGAAAUAUUUCGCUUGACGAAAGCAGACGCAGGUGACGCCUCGCGAGCCAUGUCGAUGUGACGUCCCGGCGCUCCGGCUCCGCGGGCGUCGGCGGGGCCGCAGACUCAGCACAGCCGAGUGUAUUCCCACGCUAGAGAUUCACGGCAUAUCAGGCUCAAUAUUGAUAACUGUUAUCACUGCAGCCAAUUUUGAAGUUCGCGACCCCCGUCCCGGGCGCUUCCAUGACCAAAGCGUGUCCCUGGAACGGCUUCUUCUCCACCCAUCCUCGCCCGUACGCCCACGCCCUCCAUGCUCAGCUCCUGCAGUCUGACCGAGCGAGGUGUCCUGCAAGCGCCCUACGUCAAAAUGGGUAGGAUGCCCCACAUCCUCGACCUCCACCAGAUUUCACUCGUGCUACGGAGAACCCCCUCAACAUCGCCAUGCAGUUCCUCGGAUACAGAGGGCGGCGCGAAAUGGCCCUCGAGCUAGUGGCCGCGGGAGUGCCUCUCACCCUCGAGGACUACAAGGGCCACUCGCCGCUCUACUGGGCCAUGAAGCACAUGGAUUUCGAGUUCUUCAGGCUACUGGUCGAGGCGGGAGCGCCCCUGCGAGAGUAUGACUGGUUGGCGCCGCCGCACUUGCCGCGCCCUUGGCUGGAGGACGCGGCGAUCAUGGCCUGGCUACGCAGGGAGAGCAAGACACCGCCCCCGCUGAAGCGCCAGUGCCGCACCGCAAUCUACGCCACCCUCAGGGCCAUCCACGGCACCGACGUGCGCCCGCUCAUCCAGCACAUCACCCUCAGUGGCAAUGUCCUGCUGCCGAUGCUUAUGCAGAAGUACAUCCUGCUGGAGGGUCCUCUUAGCUGCGCCGCUGCUAACCCGCCCCCACACCUCCACACCAGCCAGCUGGAGGUCGUCCCGGCUCCGGCACCCAUACCGCUGUGACACCUGCCUGGGGGCCACUCCUAAUGGCUGCCGGGGCUGCCUACGCGGCUGGAAUGAGACCUCAUCGAGAACCACGAAUCGAUAUGCAAACAACUCUGCACUCAGAACCAACAUGCAGUCGCUGCACAAAGUUUGGUCGCAGCAGGAGUAUAGUCACUCAGAGCAACGGGUAGCCAGGCGCUUCGUGCGUAGCUUAAGCCCAGCCAAACGAUGCAGUCUGAGCAGCAGUAGCCAGCGACAGAGCGGGAUGGGUGCCGAAGCUAGUCAGUAGGUGCUGUCUGCAAAUGCAAAGGUGCCUCGGCUUUUGUGAAAACAGUGGAAAACCUAGCAGUGUCUGCAAGGGAAAAAAGGAAAAACACCGAUGUAUUAUAAAAGAUGUUUUGGCAUUAUGGGACCCAGUAACACGAUUUGGAGUCUUGAGUUACCGCGUGACAAAUAUGGACACGUCGUCGUGAAGGGCAAGCGGGAAAACCAGUGUUCUGGUGCUUUCCUCUUGUCGGUUUCAUGUUCUACCUCUACCAAAGAUUAAUAUUAAGAGAGAUUUCUGAUGACUGACAUCCCUUCAGUGCUAUCGAAAGAAGGGAAUGUGUCAUUUAAAUAAAUUUUUAAAGGAUCAGAUGUGCAAACUUUAGCAAGCCAGUCGGCUGUGUGGUUUUCUUUAGAAUUUAUUACGGGGUUUGAGAGUGAAUUUUGCUAAGAUAAAAUUAGUUUUGGAGUUCACUUUGUAUGUGGAUGAGUGCCCAGCUAGUCAAUACGUAAGGAUCUGUGUUCGCCCAGCUAGGGCAUAUGUACUGGCAGUCUCCUAGAAGCAGUCGAAUGUUUUGACUGUUAUUUAUUUGCUUUCUGUGAGAAUGUUAUUCCAAAAAACAUUUCCAUUGUUUCUAGCGAAAAGUGUCAGAUCGUCCAAGUUGGAUUGGACACAAGUCACGUGUUUGGUUUUGGUUCGUCUUUUAAGUGUCUUGUCCAGUGUGUUUAGAUUUAGAGUUUCCAGUGUGAUCGCAGAUCUCGGCGAUUCCAGCGUCCUUCGAGGCCCCGCAGCGAGUCAGUAGGAGAGGCCCUCACAGUAUGCCUUUGCCUCUUUUGGAUACACCCAGUCAUACCUGCUCCCCGGGCCAGUCUCGGAUAAGUCUUAUAGUUCAACGAUCAGUUCUGUUUCUUUCUGCCUGACAAAAGGUCCAUUAGUAAUCUUUAGUAGUAAAUACUCCGAAUAUAAUAGCUUAGCCAUCGGAUAAUGUACAGAAUGUUUCCGUUUGCCAAUCUUACGUGUUAUACAAUAGGAAAUAUCGAGGACAGCCAAAGCGAGAGAGAGAAUAUUGAAACGGUAAAUUUUGUAAAUGAAACAUUUUAGUGAAUGGCGAGAAUUCUUAUGCAAUCUACUAGAUAACGCACAAUUUUGUAGAUGCUGUGAAUAUGCAAGAGAUACUUGUUGUAAUUAUUAACCUUUCAAAAGCCAAAAAUUUGCUUUGGAUUUGCAAAAGCUUAUAGAAAGAAGCAUCGAAAUGUAGCGGACCUCAACUAGUACAUCUCUAUCAAUUCAGGAAACAAACCUUUCAUAAGCAUAAACAAUUGAAACAAAACGUCUAACAGCAAAGUUUUGCAUGUCUUCACUUUCGGCACAUGUUUUGACUUUAUACGUUUCUUGCAUGACGUUAAAGCACAAAAUAUAUUCUCUUUCACGGCAUACGCAUAUCAAAAUAGGCUUCCAUAAUGUUUUGUAAGGUAAUAGCCAUAUGUGCUCAAGCUAUGCAGUGACGG